AUGUCAAAGCCCGCUCUGAUAUUGGUUCCUGGGUCAUUUGCCAAAGCAGAGCUAUAUGACAGUUUUGUGGAAAAGGUCAAACUUCAUGGACUUGAAUUCGAAGUUGUUGAUCUUCCAUCGACCAUCGACCGCUUUCCAGAGCCUCCAGCAACAGUGGCAAUUGACGCGGCUGCGAUACAAGCGAUUGCGUCCAAAUACAUCGAACAAGGCAAGGAAGUCCAUAUUCACACGCAUUCAUAUGGAGGCAUUCCGGGUACAGAGAGUAUCAAAGGAAUAUCGAAAUCCGCUCGAGAAGUCCGUGGUUUGAAAGGGGGUGUCAGUCGAAUUGUGUACACGACUUCUCUUGCUCUGCCCGUAGGUGUAUGUCUAAAGGAUGGUAUGGGGGACAAUUUGCCGGAUUUCCUGACUCUGAUAAAUCAGGGUGACUACAUGUCGACGGAUCCUGUUGCAAACUCAAAGUUGACCUUUUCCGGCCUUCCUGAUGAAGAAGCACUCAGAUUGGCAAACAACAUGUCUGUGCAUUCAGUCGCUAGCUACGAGAGUCCCUUGACAUAUCCAGGGUAUAGGGAUGUGGACGUUUCAUACAUAGUUUGUGAUGAGGAUUUGAUAAUUCCAUUGCAAGCACAGGAACAGAUGAUUGAAUUUCUCAAGCAAGACACAGGAAAAGUCGUGGAUGUUUACCAUAUCAAGGCCGGGCAUGCACCUCACGCCUCUGAACCUGUCCUUUUGGCUGAAUUGUUCCAAAAGAUCGCUGUGCAGGCUUCAUAG